UCGCUGAGGAGGCGUGGAAAGGACUUUGACCGGACUCCUGCACUCGGCAUCUCAGUCUAUGUGUGGUACCCUUUGCUGCAAUUGCAUCAUACUCAGAAUACCCUGAGGUACUCACAGUGGGCCACUGUGCAAGUACCCGUCUUGAAAAAGAGGCGAUUCUCGAGACAAAACUAAUACAUGCACUCUGAAAGUUAGCCCUGCUUACUUGAAUGCCUCCGGCCGUACAUAGCCCUCGUCUCUGAUGAACUCAUUCUGGAAUCUACUUGAUUGGCUUUUACCCUCAGUACGAUUAUCUGACGAUCUGGCCGACCCAGAAGCACUCACUGAUAACGGUUUCGCCGACUCGCCAUCUUCCUAUCCUCCUCACAGGUUUCGCUCGCAGCCACAGGUCGUGGAUCGCUCUAGAGGUCAGUGGGACUGGCAGAGGGAGCGGGAAAAGGAGAAGGAGAGGGAGAGGGAGAGAGAACGGCAACGUGAACAAGAGCGAGAGCGAGAACGGCAGCGUAUACUUGCUUUGGAACGCGACAAUGCCUUGCUCGUUCAGAGGGUUUCGCAGCUCGAGCAGGAACUACAGUCCACUCGUCAUACGAUGUCUACGCUGAACUUCUUAGCUUCUCCAGGUCCUUCUGCCUCUCUUCCUCCGGGCAUUCCUUCUUCGCCACCUGCAGACCCUACUGCGCUACGUAACGCGUAUGAGGCGUUAUUGUCCUCUUACAAUCUCACUCAGCAUGCUCUUUCAGAUCGUGCGGAGGAGGUCACCAGUCUACAGUCAUUCCUAACCAAGACAGAUGACUUCUCUGGUGCCCAACUAAUUCAGGCACUUCGAGACCUCAACUCAGAGAUUGUUCACUUGGCUGCAUCUGUAGCAGAAGAGUUUGGAUCCUCGAUGGACCGUCGCGUGGACCUUACGCGACAGUCUGACCGUGAACUUGUGACCAAUGCUCUCGGACCCGUUAUAGCCAACUUACUAGCCUCGAGGGAGCAUACCAGUGACCCCACGCUAGUACAGUUUGCCGUGCAGGCUUGGGAGAUUGUUUGCAUAGGGAGGGUGCUUGAAUCGUUUUGCUUCGGGCUUCCACCAGAUGUGGACCAAGCAUUGUCCAGGAUAUUCCACCAUAUGCACCUAUCAGAACCCCAACCGACAACUUCCCGCUGGAGAGCCCUUACACACUCUCACGCCCGCGCUCUAAUUGCCUCCUCUUCUCCACCCAGCUCUCGUUCCCCAUCUCCAUUCCAAGCCCUCACAGAAUCCAACCUCCGAGGCCUUCUCGCCAUCUUAGCCAUCGCCGGCUGUACCGACCCUCGUGCCAUUCACCGAGAUCCCCUUCGAGAACGCUUCGGCGCCUCACUCAACCGUAUCGGCGAACGCGUCGAACGGCUUGCAGUUGCUACAAAAGAGGGCGUCAUGUCCGCUGCUUUCGAUGUGGUGUGGCUAGGCCCGAGUAAACAAGCGCCGCAUUUUGAUUCGGGGAUGAUGGACAAUGUGUAUGCGGGACAUGGAAAUGAGCAGGGGAAUGUGUUGUGUACUGUUGAGUUUGGUCUGAUGUGUGUGAGGAGAGUUGGUGGAGCUGGGGAAGGAGAGACGAAUGGGAAUGGGAAUGGUGUAGGUGUACCAACAAAUGGAGUCAAGAGUAAUGAUGCGGUGAACGGAUACGCUAAGGUGAAUGGCCAUGGACAUGCGCCAAAUGGUUCUGCCAAGGUUCAGACUGGGGACGGUGUCAUGGCUCGCAGUUUGCUCUUGAAGCCGAAGGUCUUGCUUGACUCUGUGGCGGAAAUUCUAUGACCAGCAGCUUCCAUCUCGCUUACUUUCUCUUACCACCAAAACUACUCCUUCCAUAUACGCCUCAUCCUGCCACUGUGCGCCGAUGUAAGUUAUCUAUGGGUCGCGUUGUGCGAUCCGUAAUACUGUUGUACUAUUAUGAUACCUUUUUGCUUUAUGUCGUGGAUGUUCUCCUGCUUUUGCUUUACUUGCAUCAUACCUACCGUAGACAUAUACCCUGUAAUAAUCAUUGGGCCUGUUCGUUACUGAUGUACUUGUACACAAUUCGAUGAUCUAGCCAAGACCGAUAUCUACUCUCUUGCACUCUCACCACCAUUCUGCCCUACGGUAGCUAAUUUCCCAAUACCGUCAUUCUAAUGCCGCUUACACAUAAAGAGGGAAGAACUGU